AUGAAGCAUCGUGUGAUCUUCCGAAAGUUGGGAAGAAAAACUUCCCACCGAACUGCCAUGCUUAGGAACUUAACCACUUCCCUUAUUGAGCAUGAUAGAAUUCGAACAACGGUUACGCGUGCUAAGGAGGUGAGGCGUGUAGCCGACCAAAUGGUCACACUGGCGAAAAAGGGUACGGAUUAUGCACGUCAGCGUGCUGCUGUGACUGUGAAGACAGAUGAAGCAAUGGAGAAGUUGUUUGAUACAAUAGCAGGACGAUACAAGUUUUUUGUUUUUCUUUUUUACGAUUGCUUCUAGAGAUCGAAAUGGUGGUUAUACGCGUAUUAUGAGAUGUGGUUACAGAGAUGGAGACAAAGCUCCCAUGUGUUAUAUUGAAUUUGUGGAUCGGUAGAUUUUUGAUGGCAUUCUGUGAUAGUAUAGCGAAGGGGAACUGCGUUUAUCCAGAAAAGUUGGGAAUGAGAAAGAGGAAGUGAUAUUCGACA